UCAGAGCAGCACUGAAAACUGAAACUGUCGCUGCAACUUGACGCAUGGAGCGGAUCCACCACACGUUUUUGGACUGAAGAGACUCCCUUUUUUCUUUUUCCUUUGUGCACUGAAUAUGCUUUGCCUAAACUGGCUGCCACUUCAUGCUGCAGAGGCGUUUUAGGAUUCCUGCUUUGAUCCAGUUUAUUUUUUUAUGUGAAUUCAAAAACUUUUCUUAUUAGCCUGUUGUUUUAUUGCCCUCCAGCUGCUCCUGAUCGCGUCUGGGGCCUCUAUCCAUUGGUAAGCACAAUCCAUUUCAUCAGGUUACACGCGGCAGCGGGAGCUACGUGACUGCACUCAUUCUCUGAACCGGGAGCGGAUGAGUUGGAAAUUCCCAGUCAGCAUAUUUUUUUUUCUUUUUUUCUGAGCAGUUUGGCACAUUUUUUGUUGGAUUGUUUUAUUGUGUGCGCCGGGAGCCAUCAACCCCCUCUCUCCACUCGCAGACAUCGCGAAAUGAAACUCGGUCUUGUCAUCCAGACUGCGGUGGCGCUUCAUCUGCUGCUCUCACCUGCACAGAGUCUUCCCGUGGCAAGCAUAACCAAUACAACUGAAGUGUUGAUGUUCCAAGAAGUGUGGGGUCGCAGCUUCUGCCGGACCAUUGAGAAGCUGGUGGAAGUGGUGCAGGAGUACCCGACAGAGGUGGAGCACAUCUACAGCCCCGCCUGUGUGCCGCUGGUGAGGUGUGCAGGUUGCUGCGGGGACGAAAACCUGGAGUGCCAUCCCACCCAAACCACAAACGUCACCAUGCAGCUGUUGAAAAUCAGGCCAUCAGAGCCGGGUAAAGAAUAUGUUGAGAUGACGUUUGUGGAGCAUCAGACAUGUGAAUGUAGAGUCAGGAAACCUGUUGCAAAGGUUGAAAGGAAAAGGCAAAGAGGAAGAGGAAGGAAGAGAAAGGACAGACAAAAACCAAAAGAAUGUGACAGGUGCCAGAACCCUCGCAGGUAACUGCAGUGGCGGCCCACCCCCCCCCCCCCCACCCCACCCCCGUUGCAGUGUGGCUCACUGUUUAUUUCCAACCCAGCGACAGCAUCCAGAGUCUCCUCCGCUCAUCUUUCAAUACUGUGUCUGCAGCCAGAGACUCAAACAGCUGGGUUGUUUUGCUGACCUGCCCUCCUGCUGAUGGGCAGAGCGUUUGCAAUGACAAGUUUCAACAGGAAGUGUGUUCUGAUUGGUGGAAACACUGGUGUUACACACCUGACACAAUGGACAUCCCUGGGAGCCAGUGCAAUGUUGAACCAAACAGACCGAUGACGCCUUCUCUUUUAUACCAGUUAUUACUGUAUCACUUAUUGUUAAUUUGGUCAUUUCUGUGGUAUUUAUAGGUGGUUACAUUUGUUUAAAAUCUAUAUUUAUUGAUACAGCUGAAUAUAUUUGGACUAGCAACCUUUAAAAAGUUUGUCAUCUUUUGUUAAUAUUAUCCAAGAAGCCUUGACUUGUCACAGCAGCGUGUGUUGGACUGAGUGUGCAGCUGCUGUGUACAUGUAAUAAUGAAAUGUCUCCCUCUAGUGUUUGUGGAAACAGUGUUCAAAGCUGCUCUACACAAAUGUAUGGACGUAUGACAGUGUUGUCAGUCACAAUUACUACAUCAGCUUAUUAGAAUCUUAUACAUGUCACUUAUAAAUCCUCUCCCUCUCUAGUGCCAUGUGGCCAGUCAUGGGUAUGAAGUGUUUUACUGUCAAUUCAGACAUAAAUAAGAGCAAUAUUUAUCAGAAAAUCUAUCAACUGAAGACACGUCCACAGAAGAUUAAGCAUAUGAUAUAUCAAACUGUCAAAAAUCUAAACUGUUCUUUGAAAUCUAUCUCUUUCUUUAUUGUUUUGGGGGGUUGGAUCACAUCAGAUAACACCAGUUUAUUUCAAAUCACACCAGGACGUGUGUCGUGGGCUGCAGAAGGGACACCAGCACGAGCAGAUUAAUACUACUUUAAUCAAUAUGCUCAAGCAGUACUCAUUCGGCAUCGGUGCCUACUAGAGUAUCAGUUGCAAUUAUUCUCUUCUUAUUUUACUGUGAUUGCAAGUUUCUCAGAGAUAUAAAAGCAUUUCUGGGCUUUGUGUUGUUAAACAGCACACGUGUGUCCACCUUGGUGACAGAGGACUCCCAGAAGCCCACACCACACGGGUCGUCCUUGGUCUGUUUUUGGAAACACUGCAGUAAGGAAGGGAUUGUAGUUAAGGAAUGUUCUUUUGUUGUUGUUGUUUUUUUUUCAUGUACUACACAAAGAAAAUCUCUAUGAAAAGGAGCAAAGUAACAUUUCUACUGUGUUAGUAUUUUUAUUUCAUUUAAAUAUUUAUUUUGUAAUAAAAUUGUUAUGGUUGUCA